GAGUGGCCUCAAAGAAUGAACCAAAGAGUUCAAGGUUCGGUGCAGCCUUUAGCCUUUGGUGAAGGUUUAGGGCUGGUUUCGGGAGGUCUGGUGCAGGUUCCGGGCUGGUUCCAGAGGUCCUGGUGUGGGUUCCGGGCUGGUUACGGGAGGUUCCGCAAAUGCUUGACUUUGUUUCACUGCAACUUCAGUUCUGCAUUUGGGGUGUAUUUCUAUAUCUUUUUUUGCGCGACGAUCCAACAUACGUACAUUGCAAUUGGUUCAAAAUGACACGUCCCUUGCCAGGGUUGUAAUUGUUUCCACAUCUUCCAACUAACCUUUCUGUCCCGGAAUGCUGCUGGACGAUCCCUUGGGCCGUGGGGCAAGCAUCGAGCUCACCUUCGUUGAGGUGCCUUACUGGUGGGUUGAAGCUGACUUGCGCAGUUGUAUGGCAGAUGGAGCUGGGAACGACUGUGCGCUGCUGGUGGUGGAUGUCUGCAACCCCGAUAGCUUCAAGGCUGCGGUGACCAGAGGUAAAUGGGCCAUGGCAGCAGGGUUGGAGUGUCAACUUGUCUUGAGCUUCGCAGGACCCUGUGGUCAAGGAGGGUCGCAGGAACGGUUGGUUCCACCUGAGAGUUUGGAGUGGCUUGCAGACGAAGUGAGCGUAGUAAAACCGGCGCAUUUCGACUGCACUCAGGCCAAUGGAGCUGCAAACAUGAUGUUUCAAGUGGAGCUCUUCUUGAAGGUGCUGACACUACGACUGCUUUGGCUCAAUCUGACAUCCCUUGGUAGCCUGGGUAAGAUCUCUGGUCUCUACACUCCCUCCACCUCGACACCAUCUCGAAUGUGGACCGGGCCCACGUUGAGCUCCAGAGCGGAUCCGGCUCCAAAUGUGCGUCAGCUGCGCGGCUGCAAUUCAGAUCACAGGAUGACAGGAUGGUCCGAAGAGAAUCAGCCUGCCUUUUUCAUCGCACCAACUCACCAUU